CUCUCUCUCUCUCUCUCUCUCUCCCCUCGCCGUCUCUCCCUUAAUCCCAUUUGCCAUUGAACAUGCCCAAUCGCCUAUACUUUCCGCAUUUAACUUGGAUGACAUUUUUAUUUCAUCAUUAGCAUCAGACGCCAGACUGACUGACACGGUGGACACAGUUUGCGUUUUGACGAAGACCCCGGAAUAAGACAUCUCCAUGUUCAUACGUGUUUUUUUUAUUGCUCAAACGUUUAGUUUUAUUAUUUUUCUAUCUUAGAAGAACGCGUGUUUUGACGCGCUCUCCGGGUGUGAAACAGAGUCUUCGCGUUAAAUCACUGAGAGAUAAAACGGGGAUUCCUCGCAGCCAGGAUAUCGACUGCCUGUAAGUCAGCCUUGCUUCCCCCCCUCUUUUAAUUCCUGCUUCCGUGGUCCUCUGCGUUCAGACCACAAUCAGCGAUGCCAGAGACAACGCAAGAAACGUGCGCUUCGGCCAAGGACUCUCCUUUUUUCAUUAAGAACCUGCUGAACUGUGAUAGCAAACCGUCCAAACCCAAACCCGUGCUGGCGUCCACCAAGGCGGCCUUGGAGGGAGGAUUUUCCCUUUCCCAUGUCGGGGACUUCAACUUCCCACGCUUUGACCUGCCCGCACAAAGGUUCAGUCUACCGGCUCACUACUUUGAGCGCACCUCGGCGUGGUGGUACCCCUACGCCCUCAGCUCAUCCGUCCACCUACACAGAACCGAAGUCACAGACAAACUACGAGCUAGAGACUCCUCUCCAACCUCGGGCACGGACAGAGACUCGCCGGACCUGGUUCUCAAAUCCGAGCCAGACGUCAAAGACGAAGACGAAGACGAUGAGCACAACAACAACAAAAGUGGCGACGAGAUAAUCCUGGAGGAGAGCGACACGGAAGAAGUAAAAAAAGACGAGCUGGGAGAGUGGAAGAAGAGCGACGACGACAAGAAGCCGUGCCGCAAGAAGAAGACGCGCACGGUUUUCUCCCGGAGCCAGGUGUUCCAGCUGGAGUCCACCUUCGACAUGAAGCGGUACCUCAGCAGUUCGGAGCGGGCUGGCCUGGCCGCGUCUCUCCACCUGACGGAGACGCAGGUGAAGAUCUGGUUCCAGAACAGGAGAAACAAGUGGAAGAGGCAGCUGGCUGCGGAGCUGGAGGCCGCCAACCUGAGCCACGCCGCGGCGCAGAGGAUAGUCCGGGUGCCCAUCCUCUACCACGAGAACUCGGCCUCGGAGAGCGGAGGCGCCGGUGCCAACGUGCCCGUGAGCCAGCCGCUGCUCACCUUCCCGCACCCGGGCGUCUACUACUCCCAUCCAAUCGUCACAUCCGUGCCGCUACUCAGACCCGUUUGAAAAUAGCUGAGUUUUCGGCACAACUUUGUGUCGAUUUCAAAAUCAUCCGAAAAGUAAAAAAAAAAAGAAGAAAAAAAAAGACUAUUUUUGUACAACUGACUGAAUGAAGAAAAAAAGAGACACACUGUCAGGCCCACACGGAACUAUUUUGGCAAAUAUAAUGUGUCAUUUUCCAUAAGGGUGCUGUUUACAUGUGAUCCGACAAUUCAAAUCCCAUGUUUUAUAUUAUUAUUAUUAUUAUUAUUAUUAUUAUUAUUAUUAUUAUUAUUAUUAUUAUUAGCUGCCUAUUAAUUCUAUAGGCCUAAAUAAUUAUCACCUCAGGAGUCCACCUGCUUACACUGCCUGAUGUCUUUUAUUUUUCCAUACACCAUGAUCUGCAGGCCAAACAACUUUUUUUAUUUUUAUUUUUUAACCUUGUUUACAAAAAUUGGAGGCCUAAAGGCGCGGGCGUGCUUAUUAUCUGACAAAAUUAUUUGAUUUUAUUUAGGGUACAUUUCCAGAAAUCCUUACAAGAUGAUGUGCAAUACGCUGACGGUGUGCUUUGAACUAAUGACUCCACCAACCGGUAAACACGUUUGUCAUCUAUUCCCGCAGGUAUAUUGAUAAGGCUUUGUUGGGUUUCUUUUUGUUUGCUUUUUAAAGCGCUUGACGAGGGACAAUCAAGACAGUCACCUGUAAAAUACCCAUGUAGCUUUAUGUUUAGUUUUAGUGAUUCUUACUCUUGUUUCCUCUACAUGGACACGUCUUUCAAGCACAAGUGUGAGCUCCCAAUGUCUCUUAGUCUACUUUGUGUUUUUGAACAGGAGCGGCAAAAAUAUCGACACUGGUGUAUAAAAUAUGUAAAUGUAUAUAUUUAAUGAGAAACGGAGAGAGGAGCUGCCACUUCUCCUUUGUACAGUAAAAACAACGUUUUGAUAUUGUAUUGCUGAACUAUGUUGUGAAAUAAAUGGAUAACAUUCCUUA